CGAGUUUGAACAGUUUUCUUGAACCCGCCUCCUGAAUGUCGUCGCUACUCUGAAUUUCAGCAUCGAUAGAAAGGAAAGCCACCGCUGAAAACGGGUUCCCAAAGUAUCCUAGUUGGCGGCGGUUCCGUAUUCACGACAAGUAAAACAGAAAUCGUUCCAGUAAGCCGUGUACAGAAAGGUUUUUAAAGGUGUACCAACGAAAUGUUACGCAAAGAUCUACAAACUAUCACGAUGAACGUUGGAGAAUUGAAAGAAUAUACUGCGGAAAAGGCUGCCAAGGAUGCUGCCGCGGAUGGAACUGUUUCUUCCGAUAAGAAGCCACGGGCAGGAAGCAAACGGUCGAAGGAUGCUAAUCCGCGCCAGGAAAAGAUGGUGGCGUUGAACAAAACAUCGCUGGAUCAUCAAAUUAGACAACUUCACAAUCGCAUACUAGAGCUGAACGAAAGAACGGUUCUGGAACUGGCAAAGGCGGAGAGCUGUGGAAUUUUGGAAGUCAUCCAGCCAACAAGCAGCACCACCCGUCAGUUUGAUAGCGUUUGAGCGAUUUCCAGCCCAAUUCGGUUAAACAAUAA